CCCACCCCCAAAAAAAAAAAAACCAAAGACAAGAAGUGGCAGACAGAGAUAUUGUGGAUUGGAUCACAACGUCAACAGAGUAUUGAAGCUACGCUGACGUCAUAAUUACUUUUUUUUUUUUAAAAAAAAAGCUAAUUAACUCUCUUUUCUUAAAAAUAAAUAAAUAAAUCGUCAGUAACCAGCAGGGAUAAGUAGUCCCCAAUAUAUAUGCACGUCUAAAUAAAAGCCAAGGCCUUCAGAAGAGAGCGUGAGUAAGGAACAACGAAAACAGAGUAAGACACCCAGCCAAAUACAAAACCUUACCGGUUACCGGAGAUUCCAACCGGGAAACUGAAGAUGAUAGCCUACAUAGAGCGAUUCGUCCACGAAAACGAUGCAGAAUCGAAGCCGGAUGAUGACGGUUCCGGUAUAUUCAAGUCUCUGGACCUCCAGGGCAGUCUUGACUUCGGAGCCUCUGGCUUCGCCGCAAAAGAUUUCGGUGGCAUGCAUUCGGUUAAACCCUGGGCCGUAAUUCGACCUUCCGGCGCCGAUGACGUGGCGACGGCUGUCAAGGCGGCGUCUCGGUCGUCAAAUCUGACGGUUGCCGCCAGGGGUAACGGCCACUCCAUCAACGGCCAGGCGAUGGCCGACAGGGGCCUUGUUAUAGACAUGCGCUCAACAGCUGACAACCAUUUUCAGGUACUCAAUGUCCGAGGAGUAACCUGCGUCGAUAUCUCCGGAGGGGCAUUAUGGGAAGAUGCCUUAAAACGGUGCGUUUCACUCUUUGGCCUUGCUCCUAGGUCGUGGACGGAUUAUCUCGGUCUAACCGUCGGGGGAACGUUAUCUAACGCCGGCGUGAGUGGCCAGGCUUUCCGGUAUGGCCCUCAAACGUCUAACGUAACGGAGCUAGAUGUCGUCACGGGAAAAGGAGAGAUUUUAACUUGCUCUGAAACGGAAAACCCAGAUUUGUUCUUCGGGGUUCUUGGUGGUCUGGGUCAGUUCGGUAUCAUCACCAGAGCUAGGGUUUUGCUGGAGCCGGCGCCAGAUAUGGUAAGAUGGAUAAGGGUGGUUUACGCAGAGUUCGACGAUUUUACCCGCGAUGCUGAGUUCCUGGUGACGCGACCUGACGGCGAAUCCUUCGACUACGUGGAAGGCUUCGUGUUCGUGAACAGCGAUGACCCAGUUAAUGGAUGGCCUUCGGUUCCACUGGACCUGGACCUGGACCUGGACCAUGGAUUCGACCCGACUCGCAUUCCCCGAACUGCUGGUUCUGUACUCUACUGUCUCGAGGUGGCUCUUCACUUUCGAAAUGGUGACCACUCAUCCGACGUUGAUACGGUUGUUGAAGUAUUGCUUGGACAACUAAGAUUCAUUAAAGAGCUAAAGUUUCAAGCAGACUUAACCUAUGUGGACUUUCUCUUACGUGUAAAACGUGCGGAGGAUCAUGCAAAGGCCAACGGCAUCUGGGAUGCGCCCCACCCUUGGUUGAACCUUUUCGUGUCAAAGGUUGAUAUCGUUGAUUUUGAUCAUGCGGUGUUCAAGAAGAUUUUAAAGGAAGGGAUUGGUGGGCCAAUAUUGGUGUACCCUUUGCGACGAAGCAAGUGGGACAAUCGUACGUCUGUCGUUCUACCGGCGGAUCAAGGAGAAAUAUUCUAUAUAGUGGCACUGCUCCGGUUCACUCUUCCAUACCCAGCCGGCCCACCGGUUGAAAAGUUGGUGGCUCAAAACCAGGAGAUCAUCCAUUCCUGCAUCAAAAGAGGCAUUGAUUUCAAGCUCUACCUCCCUCACCACAAAUCACAAGACGACUGGAAACGACAUUUUGGAAAUCAAUGGUCCAGAUUUUUUGAGAGGAAAGCCGCUUUUGAUCCAAUGGCUAUCCUUGCACCGGGCCAGAAAAUUUUUACAAGGAUCUCUUGAAUCCCCACACAUUAUUUUUCUUUUUCAUUAAAAAAAAAAAAAAGAAAGAAAAAUUAUUUUUUUGGGUUGGUUUGAUGGGGUCAUGUCCUUCGUUGUCAAUUAAUUAGUAAUUGACAAAAACAAUGUUUGGAGCAAUGUAAAGAAAAAUCUUGAGCACAUAUUAUAUAUA